GCUGGUGGUUACCUGAGCUGGGAAACCACGUGAGCGCCACAUCAUCUGGGCUUUUGAGCCUGAAAGUCACAGAAAGGAGGAAACAGAAAAGAAAGGAGCAAAAUACCUUCCAGGAAGGCGGAGUUGGGCUCGUCUCAAUUGGUGGCAGAGCCUGAGAACCUAGAGGGAGGACGCACGCCGGGCCUGGGCUGGCGGCGGUCCAAGGAGGGCUUUUCGACCCAGCUUUGCCUUGGGCUGCUGCUGGAAGCCGAGCGAGCUGCCCGACUGAGCCGCGCGCGUCUGCCUUGCCGCCUCCCGCCGCCGCCUCAGCGCGCGCUAAGGUUCCCGCGCGCGGCUCCUCGUCCCUCCACUUUGGGGCCACAGGCUUCGCAGGAGAGGGGCCGAGCGGCGGCUCCGCGGCCGCGUGGCGGGCUGGCGCUCGGUGCGGCGGCGAAGGGCUGGCGGGGGAGGAUGCUGCAGUCGCUGGCGGGCAACUCGUGCAUGCGGCUGGUGGAGAGGCACCGCAGCGCCUGGUGCUUCGGCUUGCUGGUGCUGGGCUACUUGCUCUACCUGGUCUUCGGCGCGGUGGUCUUCUCUUCGGUGGAGCUGCCUUACGAGGACGAGCUGCGCCAGGACCUGCGCAAGCUGAAGCGGCACUUCCUGGAGCAGCACGCGUGCCUGUCGGAGCAGCAGCUCGAGAGCUUCUUGGAGCGCGUCCUGGAGGCCAACAACUACGGCGUGUCGGUGCUGAACAACGCCUCCAGCAACUGGAACUGGGACUUCACCUCGGCCCUUUUCUUCGCCAGCACGGUGCUCUCCACCACGGGUUAUGGUCACACUGCACCUUUGUCAGAUGGAGGAAAGGCCUUCUGCAUCAUCUAUUCUAUCAUUGGGAUCCCCUUUACACUGCUUUUCUUGACAGCAGUGGUGCAACGCAUUAUAGUCUAUGUCACCAGGAGGCCUGUGCUGUAUUUCCACGUUCGCUGGGGUUUCUCGAAGCAGAUUGUUGCCCUCAUCCAUGCAGUGGUUCUGGGCACUGUUACCGUCUCGUGUUUUUUCUUCAUUCCAGCAGUGAUAUUUUCUGCCCUUGAAAAUGAUUGGAACUUUCUGGAAUCAUUUUACUUUUGCUUCAUUUCUCUGAGCACCAUUGGUCUUGGGGAUUAUGUUCCAGGAGAAGGUUAUAAUCAAAAAUUCAGAGAGCUGUAUAAAAUAGGAAUUACAUGUUACCUGUUGCUGGGCCUCAUUGCAAUGCUGGUGGUGCUAGAGACUUUUUGUGAACUUCAUGAGCUCAAAAAGUUUAGGAAAAUGUUCUAUGUGAAGAAGGAAAAGGAAGAGGACCAAGUGCAUAUAGUAGAACAUGACCAAUUGUCCUUCUCUUCCAUUUCUGACCAGGCAGCUUCCAUGAAGGAAGAUCAGAAAGUAAAUGAGCCUUUUGUGUCUCCUCAACCUACAGUUAACUGUGAUGGCUGUAUAAACAAUUAACCAAGGGCUCCCUUUCCAGUAUCAACAGUGCACUUACAUUCUUGCACUUAGGAACUAGUACCAUUAGUUAAAUUAUAGAGGCAGGAAGGCAAUGCUAUAUUAUCAAGUAUUCAUUGUUUGGAUAUUUAAAAACAUAUGGGCCAAAUGAAGCUUUCAUUAGCUGGAUCUACAUAUGGCUGAAAUAUAGUAUGCAGCUGGGAAUCCCUAGAUUCAUGGUGUAUAAAUGGAACAGAAAUGGGCGAGUUUAGAUUUGAAGGACAGUUCAGUUCUAAUUUCCUCAGCCUACUGAGGGCUCCCCCCCCCCACAUUAGUAUGUUGUUGACAAAACAGAAGCAUUUUGAUGCCAAAUAUGUUAAAGUAUUCUGGUUUUGAAACCUGUUUCAUUGAAGUAUAUGGAAAAACUGUUUGAAAAAACGAAUUGUGAUUUCAGGUAGUAUGAGUUGGAAGGACAUGUAGUUGUAGCCAAACCACCACCUGGAAAUAGAAAUAGCCUUUGCUAGAUCUCUUUCAGUUAGGUCUCGAAGGCAGGAGUGGGCAGAUUACAAGCUUGCAGGAUCUACUUUGCUUUUUGCUAGAAUCCCAAAAUCUUGCAACCUGAGACAAGUUCAAAUUGGUGCUAUGGGGUAGAGCCUAUUAGCUUUUGCACCCCAUGAGCCAUGCCUGCAUAGACAAGUACAAAUCUGCAUCUGUGUUGCUACAGAUCAGGGUAUUCUAAGACAAAAUGAUAGAACUGAUGAGCAAAGCUGCACAAAGACCUGCUCAAAGGCAACCAGUCUUUUUUAUAGGUAAGGAACGCUGAGGCUGAGUGAGCACAAGACUGUCAUGGCAGGUAUCUUUUUAACUAGCUGUUGUUGAACUGUUGGGAGUUAGAAACCCUUGCCAGUCUACUGGAAAUAACCCAGAUCUAGCAAUAUAAUGUGAUUGACCUUCUGCCUACUCCUGCCCUAACUCAUAUCUAGGGCCCAGUGAGCGAGUUAUGCUUGUAUUUGAACCCCCAUAAAGCCUAAAGCUACAGGUCAGGUGCACUAAACCUGUUCUGAAUAACCUCUCUUAUUGGGAAUCUGGAGCUCAGCUGCACAUAUUCAAAGCUUAGCUCAAUAAGGGUGGGAAACAGGCAGACUAGACAUUACAAAGUGUUUGAACACAUACAGUAUUUGCAACAUGUCCACCACAUUAGAAUGUAGGUUUGAUCUCACCCUAAGUAUUCCAGUCUGUAGACAUUCUACAUCUACAUCUUGCUUUUUGUAGGAAAUCAAACUGGGUGCUUUCCUUCUGGCCUUAACAAAACACAAAACAAAACCCCAAAACCUAGCAAAAGGAUGUUUUGCCACUGAUUCCAGCAGAAAUAGGAUCAGGGACCCAUGAGCACCAGCAUACACAGCAGUGUAGGCACAACAUAGGGGAAAGCCAUCUUCUGUAGCGUUCACACAUGCCUCUUUGGCCCUAGUUCUAUAGGCUAUGAUUCUAAAACAAUGUAUUGCAAAGUGGUUUCAGAAUUAAAGUCUUACCUGUUCAAGGAAGGUGAAUAUAUUGUAAUCAAGCCGAUUCUGAAGUGUCUAAAGACUAUUAUGUAGAGAGAAAAAUACUUGAAAUUCUAUCUCCUAAAAGCACUGUAUAUGAGUUUCAUUAAUACCUAGUGUUGUUAAUAGAUUUUAUACCUUUAUUGGGAAAAUUGACUUUAUUGAUAAAUCUGCUUUAAAAUAUUGUAUGUGAGCUGAAAUUUAUAUUUAAGGGGGGAAACAGCUCAGAGAUGCUUCUUAAACUUGAUUUGAAGCAUACAGUAUUUGCAUGCUCUCAUUAAAGUGGCAUUUUUGUACAGCCUAAGUUGGUUUUGUUUCUAAUUAAUAUUUAACCUUUGUGUACAUAAAUAUAAAGAUAUAUUUAUAUACUAUACAUAUGUUGUAGACCAUCGGAAUUUUAACUUACUCAGCUUUGAAACUUUGAAGAUUUCUUCCCACACAGGUUUCUCUUUCUAGAGAAGAAAUGGCACUGAAAACAAUGAGGCCAUUCACAAAAACAAAAACUCUGUUCUACCUAGCUUUGGGAACUGUGUGUGCUCCCAAUUUACAGUUAUUUGGAAGCAAGGUAAGAGGAAAACCUGGGUAGAAGUGACUGUGUGGAAGCAAGGUAGAAGGAAAAGCUACCCAGAUUUUCCUCCUUCCUUGCUUCCACACAACUGAAAAUUGGGAACCCACACAGCUCCAAAACCUGGGUAAAAAGAAGUUUGAUUGUAUGAAUGACCUCAAUGACUUAAAUCCUGACCAAAUGAAUGUGGGAUGGCAAGUCUGAAGGGCUGUGGUUUUCAAAUUCUUGUUUUUUUAAUAGGCCCAGCCCUCCCAUCUCAAUGCUACUCUCAAGUGGUUUGAGUGCUGUGACCCUCCUAUAAUGUACUGUACUGUAAAAGGAAUUAUGCUUUUCAAUAAAGUUAUGCUGACAGUUGGUACCCAGAAACAGGUUCAAUUUGCAUAAUUGUGGUAUACAGCUAAGCUCUGAGGAAUAUGAUGUACAUAGCUAUGAUCCAUACUAUGGAUCUUUUUUUUUCUUUUAAGUGUGUGCUCAGGUGCAAAAAUAGUGGAUUCUAAAGCACAGGAGCACUAAAGUACUGUGUGAUAUUAGCAAUCAGCAUUUUAGACUUUUACAGUUAAAUAAAGUAUGGCUCCUGCUGA